AUGAGAUUGAAAUUGGGUCACUUGGUCUCAUGGCUUUUAACAACAUGUUUGAUUUCCCGUACUCUAGUAAAAGCACAGGAUCCAUGGUCAGAAGCUGAAAUAUUGCUGCAAAACUCCGUCAAAAGAACUGAUCCGAUUGCAUCAAGCUCCAAACAAUUUUCAUCUGAUUAUGGUGUCGAAGAAACUAAUCUUUAUAUACCAAUGGAUUACUCAUUGGAACGAGAGGAGUUAAAAUAUGCAAAAUAUUGGGAAUCUGAAGCAACAGAUUGGUCCAGAAAAGUUUAUCAAUUGCUGUGGGAGUCAAGUAAUAAUUAUAAUAAUCCUCAAGCCACUAAUGUAUUGGCAAACAUGCAUCUUUGGUCAGAUUAUGGAAUCCCACAUAACAAGACAUUGGCAUACGAAUAUUUGAAUAAGUAUAAUGAAUUGACCAACUUUUCCGAUUCUGAUACCCUAUUCCAAUUGGCUGUCAUGCAUUCUACAGGGCUCUUUGGUACAAUUCCGGUGGAUCCGGUUAAGGGUUUGCUGUAUUACCAAAGAUCUGCAUCUUUAGGAGACAUUCGAGCUAAGCAAGCGCUAGCAUAUAAGUAUUUAUCUGGGAUUAACGUUCCAAGGGAUUGCAACAAGGCCCUUUUGCUCUAUAGGGAGAUUGCAGAUCAAGUGCGGAACUCAUAUUCUGACCAACAGUGGGAAGUCAUAUUCCCAUAUGUGGAAUCAUACAAUGUGAGGAUACCUGAUUUCUCAGAGGGCUUGUUGGGUAGAUCCUUGAGUUCUAUGGCGUUAUCUACAAAGAGAAUGGCUUCUGCAAGACCUGAUAUCACGUCUUCAUUUUUAACAAAGAUGAACGGCGGUAACAUUGUUUUGCAAUUUGGAUUAGGGAGCAGUAGUAGUUCCUUUUCCUCCGAUCCAGAUGAAGAUAAUGUGGAUAGACUUGUGGAUAUUUUUUUCACUGCUUGGGAUGAUUAUAAAGGUACUUACACUAGGGGACGUAAUUGUGAAAGGGCAAGAAAAUUACUAGAGUUCACCUAUAGAGAAUACGAUGGCGAUGUGCGGCUGAUGGAUAAUCUACAAAGAUUUUUCUAUGGUAGAUGUUUGGAUCUGUUGGGACACAUAUAUUUUACUGGUGAAGGUUUAGAUUCACCUAAUAUCGAACUUUCAGAAAAAUAUCUGAAGAGGUCAGUAAUAGUCAUUGAAAGUUCGCAAUCCCUGAUAUCAAGAGCCAACAUCGAUCUAGGGCUCAUUCAACAAUUUUACUAUAAGAACGAUACCACGGCAAUUGGAUUCUAUGAGAGGAUAUUGGAAUCUAAGAACCACAAUGGAGUUGUCUAUUUCCAAUUAGCGAAGUUGAAAAAGAAAUAUCCACAUUUAAAAUUGAGUGACCCAUUUCUACUGAUGUUCACCGCCUGUUCGAGAAAUUACGUUCCAGCUAUCUACGAAUACGCCAGAAUGACUGAACAGGGUGUUAACAAGCGUUACAAUUGUGAGGAAACUGCUUACCUUUAUAAAAACUUCCUCGAAGCAGAGGAAAUUAGUGUGGCACCACAUCUGAAGACAGCAUAUGCAGAAUUACUCAAUCGUAAUUCAGAAGUUGCGCUCUGGGCAUAUACACUGGCUGCAGAACAAGGCUUCGAGACAGCCCAUGUAUCGGCAGCAUAUCUAUUAUACCAAUUACCUUGCAAUUUUGAAGAACCACCUAGGACCCUUCAUGCAAGGAAAUUAAUGGCACUCGCAUAUUACACAAGAGCCUUCAAACAAGACAACUUAGAUGCUGGCGUGGUAGCAGGUGAUGUUUACUAUUUGAUGGGUAACUACACAAGCGCACUUAACAUGUACCAGAGUGCAUCAUUAAAGUUUUCUCCACAGGCCAUUUGGGAUCUAGGCUACAUGUACGAACAUGGUUUAGGUGUUGAAAAAGAUUUCCACUUGGCAAAGAGGUAUUACGAUCAAGUGCUUGAACACAACUCCAGGUUGUAUUUUGCAGUCAAACUGAGCGUUUGGAAAUUGAAGUUAAAAUCAUGGUUGGCGUUGAUAACCGGUGGUAAAGUGUAUGGAUGGCGUCGAGAAGACUUCGAACCUGGAGCUAAACCCCAAUCUUGGUACCAAAAAAUUGUCAAAAGUUUCCAAAAAGCUGGUAGAGAAAAUUCUGGUUCAUCAUCAGGAGAUCCUCAGUAUCAACAAAAUAGUCAAUAUCGCCAACACCAAGAGCAGAAUCAGCAGCACCACCAACAGAACCAUACGUCGUCUCUAUGGGAUCGUUUUCAAUCGCUAGGACUACACAUGGAAGAUCUGGUUUCCAUAGCUUUUGUGCUACUCAUAUUUCUCGUCAGUCUCGUGCUUCGAGUCGUAGCAGCUCGUAGAGGCUGGAACAUGAACAAUAUGCAGUUCCAAGUGAAUGCGCUGGGCGGAAACUUUGAGUUACAGGUAUUUGCUAUAUGA